UAAUUCGUCUCUAUAAUUCUUCUGUAUGAUUAUUUCAUGGUCAAUAGACCGAUACGAUAGUGUUCCGUAAGCCACGCGUAAUUUCGGAUCGCACCGCUUCAAUUUUGUUUAUUAUGCCUCGAUGGCUGGGAACGCAUGACCACGGACAUAUACCUAUAUGUCGAUGCGCAUGACUUUUGAUUUUGUUUAUUAAACCUAAGUUGGUAGCACUGAAAUUCGCGACCGCGGCUUUGCGGUUGUGAGAUAUGCGGUGAGAUUAUACAGUAGGACCCGAACGUGGAAUACGGGUAGAAAUCGGGUGGGAUUAAGAAAAGAGGACGAUAGCUAAAGUCGAGCGGGUUUCGUUAAAAUUCUUAUGACCACGUUUGCCGGGUGAAAAUAUGUCUGACUCUUCUGAAGAAGAAGAAAUACCGAGCACCUGGGUCUUCUACAGGGACAGAAAUGAAUGGAAGGACGUUACGCCUGUUCCACAGGAUGAUGGACCUCACCCAAUUGUCGCGAUUGCCUAUUCCGAAACAUUCAAAGAUGCAUACGAUUACUUCAGAGCCAUUCUGAAGUCUGGCGAAAAGUCUGAGCGAGCUCUGAACUUAACGGGGGACUGCAUAAUGCUGAAUUCAGCAAAUUACACGGUAUGGCAGUACAGGAGAGAGAUAUUGAAAGCACUGGACAAGAACCUCUGGAACGAACUCAAGUAUAUAGAAACAAUGAUUAGAAGAACUCCAAAAAACUACCAAGUAUGGCAUCACCGGAGGGUAAUCGUGGAAUGGCUCCAAGAUCCAAGCUUGGACUUAGCUCUGACUGAAAAUGUACUGAAAAAGGAUGCGAAGAAUUAUCAUGCGUGGCAGCAUCGCCAAUGGAUUAUAAAAACUUUCAAUUUGUUUGACGGAGAGUUGGAAUAUGUUGAGCAACUGCUGGACGCCGACGUGAGAAAUAAUUCUGCUUGGAAUCAACGCUACUUUGUCUUGAAUAAUACAACAAAGUUUGAGCCGCAUGUUAUUGAACGAGAAGUUGAUUAUACUUUCAAGAAAAUCGAGCUAGUCAAGGGGAAUGAAAGUGCAUGGAAUUAUCUUAGAGGCAUCUUGCAGCACGAUGGUGAAGGCGGACUCGGGCGAAAUAAAAAAGUCCUCGAGAGUUGCGAAGCAUUGUAUGCAGGAGGCUCGCGGAGCAUACAUCUGCUAGCCUGCAUGAUAGACAUUUGCCAGGAGAGACACGGCGCUGACAUAGAACCAGAAUCACCAUUCACUAUUGAACGUGCGCUUGCACUGUGCAAAGAACUGGCGGAGGAACACGACAAAAUAAGAAGGAGAUACUGGGAGUAUAUAAGUCAGCAACUGCAAAAACUGUCUAACAGCGCUUCGCAGGACGGGCAACGCGUCUUAUGUACGUGAAACUCCUCACUUUUGAAUCAGGGUACUGUGUAUUCUAGUACUGAUUCAAAACAAAGAUUAAUUAACACGGUGUCACAUGAAUUCGCACACUUGAUAUCACAGUACGACGGCGCUGCUGUGACGACGUAAUUUUAGCUGAAAUCAAUUCGAUACGCCAUCUUAUUGACAGUGAAAUUUUAGCGCUCUGUACUUAACAAACAAGUUGAUGUUGACCGCGAAAUUUCGUACAUUGUUCAUUAGAAUUUCUUGUCUGGUUUGACGGCAAUUACGACGAGACAAUGCAGCGCCGCUAUUAAUGACUGAGAAAUCGUUCCGAGGCUUAUUUAAAUUUCCGACAUCAAUCGGCAUUUUAUGUAUGUAUAUAAAUAAACUAGAUAUUUAAUGAAACAACUUACUUGUCAAUCGAGGCUUAUACGUCGUUUUCCUUCUUACCCAGCAGUUAAUCAAAGUAAAACAAUAAACUAGUCGUACUUUGACCGGAUCAAUGAUCCAUAGAAAAUAGAGGGUCGGAUGAAACGGUAAUUACUUAUUUAUUUAUAAAACAGUUACAUAUUCCCAGAUAUAAUACAAUUUUUAAUAAUAAUUAACGUUGGCUAGGCUUGGGCUUGACUGUAGGUACUUCUUGGUUUAAUAAUACAACGCGUUUAAUCUCGUGGAACGUGAACGAAACAAAUAUCAAUACUUUCAACAAAAUCCAUUCAGCCGCUUCGGUCGGAUUCGUGAGCAUAUUCUCGUACUUUAAUUUUAAUAUUUAAAAUAAAUGUUUCUUUUAGUACGUUAACAACCUAGUAACGGUACUUAAAAACUUGAACCUAACAGCUAAACGCGGUUACACCGCGAUAUGGUAUUUUUUUAGAGCAUUUUAGGAUACAGGGUACCUAUAGGUCUGCAUACAACUAUAUCGGUCGUUUCGCACUUAAGCUACAAUUCCGUACGUUCAGGUAAUUUGGCAAACCUUUCAUGCAGCGGGUCUUAUCCUGCUACGUCCACUGAUAAAUGGAGAGUUGAAGUUUUAUCGGAUUAUAUUACAAAAAUUUGAAUAUUGAUAAUUUAAACCGGAUGAAAGCGUUGGCUCGAUCUUGACCUGGGUAUACGUAGCCUAAACAUUUAACAACCAACAUCCAAACAAUUAUUUUACACACUCGUUC